AUGAAAAGAAAAAUGAGCUCUUCUCCGGAAACUGGAUCCGCAAGUCAUGGCUCAUUAGGAACUAAGUUUGAGGUGUUCUUGAGUUUUCGAGGACCAGAUACUCGCGCUAAUUUCACAGAUACCCUCUAUUAUGCUUUGUUAGAUAAGGGUAUUAGUGUUUUCAUAGAUAAGCAGGGGAUUGACAUUGGUGAAGAGAUUGGGCCUGAGCUUUUCCAAGCCAUCGAUGACUCAAAAAUCUGCAUCCCCAUCUUCUCCAAAGGAUAUGCCUCUAGUAGUUGGUGCAUGCGCGAGCUGGAACACAUGAUGCAGCGUAGGAAAACCAACAAACUGGAGGUUUUGCCCAUUUUCUAUGACGUGGAACCCUCUGAUGUGAAGCUUGAAUCCAAAGUGUAUGUGGAUGCACUAACUCUGCAUAAAGAAAAACGUGGGGCCGAGAUUGUGCAGCAUUGGGCAAAGGCGCUCAAGGAAGUUACCGGAAUCAAGGGUUGGGACACCAAGAACACAGGGUAUGUUAACUCCCUGAACUCCAUCUUCCCUUUUCUCUAUGUUUCUUUUGCUUGA